AUGUGGAUCCUUCGAAAAGUCCAAGAGAGUGCCGAGAACUUUCCAACGGAGAUAAGCCGCCUUGUGGGUAAAAGCUCAGACGAGAUCUCAGCAAAGGCAAACCUUCUCAACAAAAUCCAUAGAAAUGUUCUGACCCCAGACAAAAUUCCUGACUUCUUCCUGCCUCCCAAGCUGAGUAGAUGCUCUCUAGUUGCAGUAGAGGGCAUCGUUUCUCGCUGCUUUGAUGAAACUGGAACCAACUUCAAUCAGACCAUUAAAACAAAUUCUGGCAUAACUACUAAAGUGUUAAAAACUGAUAUAAACAAGGGUGCUACGGUGGCCAUGAGAGGCCAAAUAAAGCCAAUUCCUUUUUCACUUAAAAACUAUGAGUCUGGUUUUUUCGAGAGUCCAAACACUCGCCGCAAGGAGUCAUUGUUUCACUCUGCGUUUUCCAGCUACACGCUUGAGCGGGUAACCAACAGGGUAAUGCCCUCCAUAAAACUGCCCUCCAUAACACUUCUGAAAGUGGGCAGCUUGGAGAGUGACACCAGUUCUUCUGCUGACUCCUCACCUCACAGCUCACCACUUCCAAUCAGGAGCAUACAUGAGACUCAUUUAUCAAAAGAGUCUCUUCUUAAACAUGAUUUACUGUGCACCAAAAACAAAGAUGACAAGAUCAAAUUCACAAGAGAUACCAAUGUUGCCCAACCUGCUUCAACUUUAGCACCACCUCUUCAAUUCCCACUGGACAUGCUACAUUGUCAGGAACGCCUCCAUAGUGAGCACGUCCUCCUUCUCCCUCGCAGGGGCUGUGUUCGUCUCUCUGCUUCUCUUGCCAACAUGGAUGGAGAUUUAUCUACCGUUAGAAUUCGGGUGAUCUCUGUGGAGGAGCUGCGUGAACCCGGUGAUCCCCGACCACUACACUGUGGUCUCACCUUGAGCCUGAGCCCAGGCAAGCUGCAGCGGCAGCACAGCGCUAUCAUCAGGAACAGCCGCAACCCCGUGUUCAACGAGGACUUCUUCUUCACAGAGCCAGAAGGAGAGGAAAAAGGGCUAAAGAACUUUGCUGUCAGGGUGAAGGUGCUGGAGAAGAACACUAGCCUGGGAAGGGCUUCAGUGCUCGGAGUUAUCAUCAAGCCACUCACUGAACUACUAGCACUGUAA